AUGGCCUCGGUCAGGUCUCUGGGGCUACAUCAGCCCACAGCUUUUCAACGUACCGUUGACGAGCUUGCUCCCCCAGGGAAAGCUACCACAUCAUCACCCCCAUACGGUUGGGAAUUUACCAUCGACGACGAGAACGGUGAACAAGUGGAGGAUGAGCUCCUGGUAACAAAGACCUCUGUCAUCUGGAGCCGCGGGGAUGUCUUUCGAAAAUCUUUCAACUUCGAGCUCGAGAAAGAACCCGUCACACAAGCUCUCAUCACCUACUUCCCCGCCUACGAAGAGAGCCGCGCCCCUUCCUCCUCCAACGGCUCUUCCCAUGGAGCCCGCCCAGCUCUUCGUGAGCCGAAGCUUUCCAAGGCGCUCUUCGUCGUCUUCCGAACCCAAGCCCAUAUCCACUUCGUCUCCGGCAACAGCCAUGUUGUCCAUAUGCCCUUCGAAGCCGAAGCCGUAUGUGCCGGCCCUCGCGGCGUCAUCAUCCAGCGCAAACAGCGGGACGACAACCUGGCCCCCAUAUUCCCCAAGUUUCCGAAAGUACCGCCCAACUCUUUCGUUUCCUCCCAGACCACGGCGCCGUCGCUCCGAGGCUCGCAGCAGACUGUGUUCUCCGUCGAGGGCCUGGGAAACCCCAAGGUCUUGCCUCUCCGACUCAGCUCAACUCUGGAAAACAUGUGGGAGCCACAGUUGGACUACCCCGAGUCCAGAUGGCCUCGUCUAGUCUCUCUCAUGGACCCUUUGCAGGACCUGGGGCUAGUAGUCACCGCACAACCCGAUACGUCGACCAGACAUCGAAGGUCGAGGAAUGCUUCCAGAUCGCCCUAUUUCCUGGACCCGGCCGAGGAAAUCCUCCACAUCGAAGAGAUCAAGUUACCCGGUUCACUCCGAAGCAGCAACCCCCUCAUCCUUGCAAUCACCGUCAACCGAGAGACGAGCUCAUACGGGGUUUGGAGGCUGAUGUACCUUCACAACGGGGAUCCUUUCAUCAAACAAGCGAAGACUGAACUCAUCAAAGCGGACCGUCGCCGCAGCUCCAUGCAACCAAAUUUCGCCAGCGGUGCGUCGACUCCCGUACAACCCAACUUCCGCGAAAGUUUCGGUGCUCCGCUGCCGGGAAAGCGAGCCCCCCGGAAGAGUGAGAAGUUUGAAAAAUCUGACAAGGGAGAGAAGACGGACGCCCUCGAUUUCGUCAGCUCGUUAGAUCUGGACAAUGAUGGAGGCAAAGGCAGGAGGCAGUCCCGCAGGGUCAGCUCCAUGCUGGCCCGGGCAGACCUCUCCGCCUCCCAGGAACAACCCCCCAUGUCUCACCACGCCGGCUCCAGAAGACUAGAAUCAUACGGCAGUCACAGUCAGGGACCGCGACUGAGUGGCGGUACCUUUGGCUCCCUUCAUUAUAGUCAGACCAUACACCCGAGCCUCAGCAGUUUGUUGGAAGCGCCCGUAGACAACGUCCUCGACGAGCUGCGGGCGGGCGGGGACUUCGAGGGCUUCCACAGCAUGGGCCUCGACGAUCACGGCUUGGACGGCCUGGCGCAGGAAGUCCUACUCAGCAAAGUAUACAGCAUCCCCAUGGAUAACUCCAAUAUUCGGUAUUCCCUCUCUGACCAGCCGGCUCGCAUCCAAAGCAAGGUCUUCAUCCUCGAGGCCCCGCGCUUCUCCGUCGAGGACCCGGCAAAAUGCGAGAUUAUCAUCGGCUUUCAAGACGCCAUGGAAAAGAAACUGCAGCUGCUUACGGUGGAAAUCCGGAAAGGGACCAAAUUCCUCGCGCCGCCCCGUGCUGACCAUAGGAUCUCUCCGAACCUCGAUGAUCUUCGACUGACUUGUGGACAACUCCGCCGGGCCCAUCCCGUGGUCGACUCGUGCAAGGUCACGGAUGGCGGUCUCUCGGCCAUUCUCAUCCUCUCGGAAGGCCACGACAACCGCCGCGAGCUAAGCAUCCAGGCCCCCUGGCUCGAGAAGACACCCGUAUCCGUUCCCUGGCUGCUCCUGGAGAACGAGAGGAGUCUCCGUCAUGCCGGCCGGGUCAUCGACAGGGAUGUCGGCCAACGCCGGUCCGAAGCCUUUGAAAUCACAAGGGGCGGCGUCAUCGGUCUUCGGUAUCCCAGAAUUGGCGGCAUCGUGGACAUGGUGGACGGCACCGACAGGCAUCACCAGAUUCAGAUCCAGCUGCAACCUCGAAACCCCCUGGUCCGUAAGGUCUUGGAUGCAUGCAGGAGCGUUCUACCGCCUUCCCAUUCUAAGCGAAUGUUGCCCAGUUGGUGGAACGCCAUGCAGUGGUUACGGGGCCAAAACGCGGGCGUUGCCGACCCGGAGUGGUCCGCCUUGACGAUCCAGCUCCUGGCCUUAUUCCUGGCCCUGGGUAACCCUGACCUACCAAUGCCUUCCACUACGCCACGGUCUGCUAAAAGCAAGAGGCGCGCUCAUUCCGGCUCGUUCGGCUCGAUCUACGACGUGGAAGACUGGAGGACGCUGCAGUCCUAUGAAACGCCCAACGCGCUGGGAUAUCCUCCGUGGCAGCAGGCCCGAGCCUGGGGGUGGACGGUAGACGAUGACGAGGCUGAUGGCCAUUCUCCGGACUUGGCCGACUCCAAGUUUCUUCCCAGACAUGUCCGAUUUGCCAGGUCCUACUUCGCCUCCAGUACCAGUGCCGAUGUGGGAAACGCGCGGUGGUUGUCGGCGGCCUUGCGCCGCAGUGGUGAGAAUAUUGGGAAUACCGUCUCCAACUUGGCUAUGGCUCUUCAUCUGCUUCUUGAAGAGCAGAAACUGGACGUGAUGGUCCCGGAAUGUGCUUCUCCUGGGAGCGCAGAACUGCGUUCUCUUGUUUGCCAGUUGGCACGAUGGCUCAGGUGGCAUGAUAUGGUUUCUAUCUAUUCCCUCGGCAUCCAAGACUUACCCGACUCGCGACCUGAGUAUGACAUCGAGCUACCAGGGCUAUCUCUGCCGCAACCUCCCGCGCUAUUCUCCGAUAUCAUCGAGUGGAUUCGGUCCUGUCUUACCAAAGGAGACCGCUCACCGUUCCCAACCUUGAGGAACCUCUACGACGCCGGCACUCCGGCUUGGGGCCAUGAGCAACAGCAGCCUCCCGAUUUACGGUGGGACCCCAUUACACCGAGGACUCUCAUGUUUGUAAGAUUCUUCGACAAAACGGGCCCCAGGAGCGACGCCGUCAGCAUGGUUGAGGCCAUGCAUGCGGCCGGCAUUACCAAGAGGGUGCUCGAGACUCUCCCGGAAGCCAUCUUGACACCGCUACGAGAUGUCAUCUCACGUUGCCAACCUCGGCCUCCGGCGUCCUGGUCGAAGGAGCUGCUCCAUCUCGUCGGCCGGGGCGAUAUCAGUCUGAUUUUGGAGACGCGCAAAAAACCACGCUCGAACCUGACGGAUAUUCUGGCCCCGACGCACAAUGCCUCCUGGGACUUCAGAGCCGUGUGCCAGAGCGUCGAAGAGUACAACUCGGUCGGCCAUGAUGAUGCCGACGGCACGGAGAGACAGGCUGUGAUACGAGCUUUGUUCAAGGAUGACCGACGACUGAAAGAAGCACAAGGCCUGUUAUCGACGCACCGACCCCGCGCAGUGCGUCUGUAUCCGCAGCCGGGAUGGACGGAGAGUGAGUAUCUCGAGAAACAGAAGGAGCUGGUUUCUCGAGUCGCGACUGGCACCCUAGCUAUCCCAGCCGGCCGAGCUCUCUUGUACUACGGCUCUCGCUUCCCGCUGCUUACACAGAAGCUUCACAUCGGGGGCUUCAACCUGAACUGCAUCGUCCGACCAACCAACGUUACGGUUGGUGUCGACAAGACCCAGUACACGGAGGAGAAGGUGUGCUGGGGCUUCUUCCAUCAGGGCGUGGCCGCAGGGUUGGCCAUCUCCCCCGAGGCCAAGGGGAUCGACACGUCCUGGAUCCUAUAUAACAAGCCUAACCAAGACUUGAGUAACCGUCAUGCUGGGUUUUUGCUUGCUCUGGGUCUCAACGGUCAUCUCAGAGACGUUGCGAAAUGGGUCGCGUUCAAGUACCUGACGCCGAAGCACACCAUGACCUCGAUCGGCUUGCUCCUCGGACUUGCGGCGUCGUACCUAGGGACGAUGGACUCUCUCAUCACCCGCCUUCUCUCGGUUCAUGUCACGAGGAUGCUGCCACGGGGGGCGGCCGAGCUCAACUUGUCCCACCUGACCCAAACAACCGGCAUCAUGGGCAUCGGCUUACUCUACUGCGGCAGCCAGCACAGGCGGAUGAGCGAGAUCAUCAUGUCCGAGAUUGAGCACGUCGAGGAAGAAGACGAAGAGGAGCCUCUUCGGAACGAGUGCUAUCGGCUUGCCGCCGGGUUCUCUCUCGGCUUCAUCAACCUUGGCAAGGGGAACGACCUCAAGGGGUUGCACGACAUGCGGCUGACCGAGACGCUGAUCGCGAUGGCCACGACAACCAAGAAGGUGGAGGUGGUGCACGUGUUGGAUCGGGCGGCAGCCGGGGCGGUCAUGGCCCUGGCGCUCAUAUACAUGAAGUCGGAGGACCGGAUCGUGGCCCGUAAGAUCGAGGUACCCGAUUCCGUGAUGCAGUUCGACUACAUCCGACCCGACAUUCUCCUGCUGCGGACCGUCGCGAAGAACCUGAUUCUGUGGAGCGAGAUGGAGCCUACGUUUGACUGGAUCUCUGACAACCUGCCCACCGCGUACCGUUUCCGGCACAGACUUACGGGCACCAUCGCCCUCAAGAGCACAGACCUGCCCUUCUUCAGCAUCCUCGCCGGGCUCUGUUUCUCCCUGGCUCUUCGGUUCUCGGGCAGCGGCUCUAUCAAAGUCAGAGAUCUCCUCGUGCACUACCUUGACCAGUUCAUGCGCGUCACUCGUAUCGCGCCGACCAAGAGGCCUCCUCCCCUCGACCACCCCGUUUACGACGAAGAGCUUGCCAGGUCGAACGCGAGGAUGUGCCAGGACGUCCUGGCCAUGUCCGUAGCCAUCGUGAUGGCAGGCACGGGCGACCUCGUGGCGCUGCGACGUCUCCGAUCGCUUCAUGGGCGGGACGAUGCAGACACGCCUUACGGCUCGCAUCUGGCCGCACACCUCGCCAUCGGCGCCUUGUUCCUGGGCUGCGGCACGGCAACCUUUGGCAGCAGCGAUUUGGCCAUCGCCAGCCUUCUCGUGGCCUUUUACCCCGUACUGCCCGUGUCUGUGGCGGACAACCGCUCCCAUCUUCAAGCCUUCCGCUAUUUCUGGGUCCUGGCCACCGAGAACCGCUGCCUCGUCACCAAAGACAUGGCCACGGGCCAGCCCGUCUCGGUGCCAGUUCACAUCCGGAUGAAACCGGCGCUCGGUUGGGGCAACACAGGCGCCGCCGCCGACGAUAGCGACGACGGCGUCCUCGUCCGCACCACGCCCUGUCUCCUCCCGCCCCUCUCCGACAUGGCCUCCCUCCGCACCAGCGCCGGCCCCGCCUUCUGGGACGUCGAGCUCGACCUCGUCGCCACCCCGGCCGUCGCCGACGCGCUCGCCAAGAACCAGAACCUCCACCUCCGCCGCCGCCCCCCGCAGGAGGCGCCCUUCCGCGCCACCCUCCGCGCGCUGGGCCACGACGCCCUCACGGACGCGACCCACGACGGCACCGGUCUGCGCCAUGACCCGCUGGCCUGGAUGUUUCGGACUGAUGCCCUCCGCGGUCUCACGCACGCCGAGCGGGCGCUUGUUCUGAGCCGCGGCACCGGCGCCGAAGGGGGGGGUGCUGCGUCGGGCUCCUAUUCGGCGGUCGAUGCGCGGCUGGUGCUGGAGCAGAGCGUUGACGGGGCUUCGCGCGAGAGGCUGCAGGGUCUCAGGUUACUUUUCGACUGGGUUGAUACGCGGCGGAGGAUGGACGUGGAGGAGCAAGGCGGGGGGGAGAAGAAGGGGAAGGCGAAAGAUGAGAAGAAGGCGGAGAAUCUGCGAAUGGAAACUCGGUGGGAUCAAGGCUGGUGGCUUCGUGAUAGUGUCAUUGAGGCGCUCAAAGGCCGGGUAUACCUUUCCGGACGUGAAGAAUGAGGGGAUGUAUCCUCAUUCAUCCGGCGGAACUGGGAUGGAGGGGGUG